AUGACCCUGGGCAGCUGCUGCUGCGAGAUCAUGUCCUCCGAGAGCUCCCCGGCCGCGCUGUCCGAGGCCGACGCAGAUAUAGACGUGGUGGGCGGCGGCGGCGGCGGCGGCAGUGGUGGGGGGGAGCCCCCUGCCCGUUCCGGACCCCGCGCCCCCCGGGACCCACUCCCCCACGGCCCCGAGCCUCCUCCAGAGGAAGCCGAGGGGGACGCCGCUGACGACGAGGAGGAAUCCGGCGGCUGCUCGGACGGCGAGCCCCGCGCUCUAGCGCCCCGAGGGGCGGCGGCCGCAGCGGGAAGCCCAGGGCCAGGCACUGCGGCCGCCCGGGGCGCGGCGGGGCCCGGGCCCGGACCGCCGUCGGGGGGCGCGGCGACUCGGAGCCCGCUGGUGAAGCCGCCCUACUCGUACAUCGCGCUCAUCACCAUGGCCAUCCUGCAGAGCCCCAAGAAGCGCUUGACGCUGAGCGAGAUCUGCGAGUUCAUCAGCGGCCGCUUCCCCUACUACCGGGAGAAAUUCCCCGCCUGGCAGAACAGCAUCCGCCACAACCUAUCGCUCAACGACUGCUUCGUCAAGAUUCCCCGCGAGCCGGGCAACCCGGGCAAGGGCAACUACUGGACGCUCGACCCGGAGUCGGCCGACAUGUUCGACAACGGCAGCUUCCUGCGGCGCCGCAAGCGCUUUAAGCGGCAGCCGCUACCGCCGCCGCAUCCACACACGCACCCUCACCCUGAGCUGCUGUUGCGCGGCGGGGCUGCGGCGGCGGGGGACGCCGGCGCCUUCCUGCCGGGCUUCGCGGCUUAUGGCGCCUACGGCUACGGUUACGGGCUAGCGCUCCCGGCCUACGGCGCACCCCCGCCGGGCCCGGCUCCGCACCCGCAUCCACACCCGCACGCCUUCGCUUUCGCCGCCGCCGCUGCACCUUGCCAGCUGUCGGUACCCCCAGGCCGUGCCGCGGCGCCUCCACCCGGACCUCCGACGGCUUCGGUGUUCGCGGGCGCAGCCUCGGCUCCGGCCCCUGCGCCGGGCACAGGAUCGGGCCCGGGCCCCUCAGGCCUGCCAGCCUUCCUAGGCGCGGAGCUUGGCUGCGCCAAAGCCUUCUACCCCGCGUCCCUGAGCCCUCCCGCAGCAGGCACCGCGCUCCUGCGCCAGGGCCUCAAGACGGACGCGGGCGGCGGGGGCGCCGGGGCCGGGCAGAGGCCUUCCUUCUCUAUAGACCACAUCAUGGGCCACGGUGGCGGCGGGGCAGUACCCCCGGGCGGGGGCGAGGGCUCCCCGGGAUCGCCGUUCUCGGCGGCGGCAGGUCCUGGGGGUCAGGCCCAGGUCUUGGCCAUGCUGACUACCCCAGCCCUAGCUCCAGUGGCCGGCCACAUCCGCCUCUCGCACCACGGGGACGCGCUCCUGUCCUCAGGGCCCCCGUUUGCUGGCAAAGUAGCAGGCCUCAGUGGCUGCCACUUCUGA